UGUGUCAUGUUCUGCGAAAUUCCAUAGUUGGCAGGGCAGAAUUUAGAGGGAAAAGAACUUGAAGAAUUAGGUGUGGAUGACGAGGGUGCAGGUGGAUUACCAGCAAAAUCAACUCCUCAUAUGUUCUGUAAAACACUCACAGCUUCUGAUACUAGCACCCAUGGAGGAUUCUCUGUUCCCCGUAGAGCUGCUGAAGACUGUUUCCCUCCUCUAGAUUACAAACAGCAGAGACCCUCUCAAGAGCUUGUAGCCAAAGACUUGCAUGGAGUAGAAUGGAGAUUUCGACAUAUUUAUAGAGGUCAACCGAGAAGGCAUCUGCUUACUACGGGGUGGAGUAUUUUUGUGAGUCAAAAGAAUCUUGUUUCAGGGGAUGCGGUGCUAUUUCUAAGGGGUGAAGAUGGAGAGCUGAGGUUGGGGAUUAGAAGAGCUGCUCGACCAAGAAAUGGUCUUCCUGAUUCAGUUAUUGGCAAGCACAAUUCAUAUCCCAGUAUACUUUCUCUAGCGGCUAAUGCAAUAUCCACAAAGAGCAUGUUUAACGUCUUAUACAGUCCAAGGGCCAGUCAUGCAGAGUUUGUUGUACCUUGCAAGAAAUACAUGAAAAGCAUCAUGAAUCCUGUGUGCAUCGGUACAAGAUUCAAAAUGAGAUUUGAAAUGGAUGAUUCUCCAGACAGAAGGUGCAGUGGUGUUGUAACUGGCAUUAGUGAUUUGGAUCCUUAUAGAUGGCCCAACUCCAAAUGGAGAUGCUUAAUGGUGAGGUGGGACGAAGAUAUUGCUAGUGAUCAUCAAGAACGAGUUUCCCCGUGGGAGAUUGAUCCUUCUGUUUCACUUCCACCCUUGAGCAUUCAGUCCUCCCCAAGGCUGAAGAAACUGAGGACUGGUCUGCCAGCAACCCCACCUGAUAACCCCAUCACCGGAGGUGGUGGGCUUUUAGACUUUGAGGAGUCUGGAAGACCCUCUAAGGUCUUGCAAGGUCAAGAAAAUGUAGGUUUUGUAUCACCCCUAUAUGGAUGUGACACAUUAAACCGCCCGCCUGAUUUUGAGAUGCGAAAUCCAGCACAUCAAAAUCUGGUGUCAAAUGGAAGAGAAAAGGCUAAUAUCAGCGAGAUAACAAGGGCUCGCUCCACUACUUACACAGGCUUUGCGGAAACUGACAGGUUUCCGAAGGUCUUGCAAGGUCAAGAAAUAUGCCCACUGAGAUCACUGACUGCAAAAGGUGAUUUCAAUCUGGGUGCUUGGGGCAAACCCAACAUAGGAUGUGGUUCUUUCAAUGUAUAUCAUGCACCAAGGCCCAAUUUCUACCCUCUAGCAGCAGAAAACCUCCAAAAUAUGUAUUUUCCUUAUGGUGGUCUUUACAAAACUAGCCAAGAUCCAAGAAUGCGCUCAUAUGCCACCGACUUCCCAAGAGAAAAUUUCCAGUUCGGAGCACCUUCCAUUCAGACUAGUGUUGCUAGGGAUGAAGUUGGAAAACCAAAUAAAUCAAAUGAGCACAAGUCACAGGAAACUAUUUCUGCUUCACCAACUAUAGGUGUAAAUCUAAUGAAUCAAAAGGACAACUCUUUUAACAGGGCUGGUGGUGGCUGCAAGCUAUUUGGUUUCUCCUUGACUGCAGAUUCACCUGCUCCAAACUCACAAAACUCUGGUAAGCGGAGUUGUACAAAGGUUCACAAGCAAGGCAGCUUGGUUGGAAGAGCUAUUGAUCUCUCAAGACUGAAUGGCUAUGGUGACCUCUUGAGUGAACUAGAGCGACUAUUUAGCAUGGAAGGCCUCCUUCGAGAUCCUAACAAAGGAUGGCGGAUCUUGUAUACUGACAGUGAGAAUGAUGUAAUGGUUGUUGGUGACGACCCGUGGCAUGAGUUCUGUAAUGUGGUAUCCAAAAUCCAUAUAUAUACUCAAGAAGAAGUGGAGAAGAUGACCAUUGGAGUAAUUGGUGAUGAUACUCAAAGCUGUUUGGAUCAAGCACCUGUUCUAAUGGAGGCAUCAAAAUCUUCGUCAGUCGGCCAGCCAGAUUCUUCGCCACAGUAAGAAGGGUUAUAUAUAUGUGUGUGUGUUUGUGUGCCCGUAUUUGCUUUGAGUACUAUGCUCGCUUUGUUCGUGGACUUACUAUUAAAACCUGAACCUAACUAGUUAUGUAUCUUUUCAUAAUUUAAGUCGCAAGUCUAAUGAUUGUCUUUAUUAGUGGAACAUAUUGAUGCUCAGAAGCCUACUGUCGUGCCUUUAAUGGCAUUAGACAUGUAUAAUGAUAAAUAUGUAGUGUGUCAAAUUGUUUGAAGUUAGCGCUUUCAUCUUUUCAACUCAA